GGUGAAGCCACGUGCUCUCUGUUUAUCAUCAGCAAGGGGAGGGAGAUAGAGAAAGAGAGAUACAGUAGAGAGAGAAAGACUGCAUCUCUCGCUCUCUCGCUCUCUCGCUCUCUCAUUUUGUUUAGUACACCCACAGACACACACACAGCGACACACAAUAUUCCAAUCCUUAGCAGCCUGAGGGACGCACACACUAGCACAGAGAGAGAAAACCGGCCAAAGCAGACUAUACCGACUGGAAAAGAUCUGAACUACACCCCAGGUUGCUGUCCAGGAUGGCGGGGAUGAAGGAGCAGCAGUUCACCGAGGAGAAGCCCCUGUUGCCGGAGCAGCGAGGAAUGGACUCCGACAUGCAGGAUAAAGGAGGGGAGGCGUCAGGGGGGUUACCGCGCCCCGCCAGCCCCGCGCCCCUUAACCCCCCUCCUCCCCCCAGCCGCCCCACUCACCGCUGGCAUGUCAUGGCACGGCACUGGCUCCGCCAGACCCGCCGUCGGACCAGCGGGGUCCUCCCGGAAAGCUGUGAACAGCUGAUGCCGCCAGGGGAUUGGAAGGAACAUGACAUCGAGACCCCUUAUGGGAUGCUGCACGUGGUGAUCCGCGGGGCACCCAAAGGAAACAAGCCCGCCAUCCUCACCUACCACGAUGUGGGACUGAACCACAAGCUGUGCUUCAACUCUUUCUUCAGUAAUGAGGACAUGCAGGAGAUCACCAAGCACUUUGUGGUGUGCCACGUCGACGCCCCGGGGCAGCAGAUUGGAGCGUCGCAGUUACCACAGGGGUACCAGUACCCCACCAUGGACCAGUUGGCCUCCAUGCUGCCCACUGUGGUGCAGCACUUUGGAUUUAAGAGCAUUGUUGGGAUCGGAGUUGGAGCUGGAGCUUACAUCCUGGCCAAGUUUGCUCUGAUCUUCCCUGACAUGGUGGAGGGUUUGGUUCUGCUCAACAUCGACCCCAACGGCAAAGGCUGGAUUGACUGGGCUGCCACCAAGCUGUCGGGUCUGACCAGCGCUCUGCCAGAUACUGUGCUGCCACAUCUUUUCAGCCAGGAGGAGCUGAUGAACAACACAGAGCUGGUGCAGAGCUACCGACAACAGAUCAACAACACCGUCAACCAGUUCAACCUGCAGCUUUUCUGGAACAUGUACAACAGCCGGAGGGACCUGGAGAUGAAUCGCAGUGGGACGGUGCUCAACGCCAAGACUCUGAAGUGUCCUGCGAUGCUGGUUGUGGGAGACAACGCCCCAGCGGAGGAGGGAGUGGUGGAGUGCAAUUCCAAACUGGACCCAACCAACACCACCUUCCUGAAGAUGGCUGACUCUGGUGGACUUCCCCAGCUCACACAGCCCGGGAAGCUGACCGAAGCCUUCAAGUAUUUCCUGCAGGGAAUGGGCUACAUCGCUUAUGUGAAGGAUCGGAGGUUGAGUGGAGGGCCAGUGCCCUCCGCUAGUAUGACCCGCCUGGCUCGUUCCAGGACGGCCUCCCUGACCAGCGCCAGCUCCAUCGACGGGUCCCGCUCUCGGGCCUGCACCCAUUCCGACAGCACCGAGGGAGUCGGCCCGGUCACCCACACCAUGGAGGUGUCCUGCUGAGGAGUCGGCCAGCCAUAGAAAGAGGGACGGGGUGGAGGGAUGGAGAGGGAAAGAGCAAGACAGAAGGACGAUGGCCAAGAAACGAAGGGGGAGGGAUAUGAGGAAAAUGUAAAGGAUAGAAGGUGUGACUAAUGCUGUAGAGGCAUUUUUGAUCAGUGCCUAACGCCCAUGCAUAAUUUGAGACAACACUACCCUGUUGAAAUGUACACACUACACAAGUAAAUACAAAGUGUACUCAUGGGAGUAUCCGAUUUGAGACACACCUUAACUCUUCGUAGUCAGACAUGGUAGAUUGUAGAGCGAGACAGCAACAGGAAGGAAAGUUCAUGAACAAGGUGGAGAAAGCUCUCUCUUUGCUUCAUCUAUUUCCUCCGGAUCCCUUUGUCUGCCGUCUUCUCCCUCCUCCACUGUAAAAUAACAUACGUGUUGCUACUAAGACCCCCGACCACACCUUCAAAUAUCCAACUUCACCCCCCCCUCGCCCAGCACUUAAAUGAUUUAACUGUUUUUGUUCUUGCAGUGUUAUUCUUGUGUUUGCUGUCUCCUCUUUCUUUGCCUGCACCCCCACCACCCACACCUCCACAGAAAAGGACGUAAUGCUGUCAAGACAGCCAUGUGUGAUAUGAGUUGCUGUUAAUAAUGUAAUUUGGUCAGAGAAGGUGAACGUGUGGGCAAGGAAAACACAACAUUUAGGUGGUACCUUUAUGAAACAGUGUUAUACAUCAGUAUUUUUGAAAGCAGUUUAUUAUUUUGAGUAUCUCUCUCACUGCUGUUUCUAAGAGAUGGUUUCUUCUCUCUGUGAGUGACUGGUGAGGGUCAGAGGGCGUGUCCAGAAUUUGACAGACAACAGAGCACAGCCCAUCGUAGCCGAGUGCAGCUGUAGUGCUUAGAGAGGAUUUGUUAGCUUUUUUAUUCUAAGAGCAUAGCUAGCUAUACUACGCUACACUGAUUUAAAGCUGCACUUGGUGAGAUUUUAUGUCAAACCUGUAAACUACACUUUGAAUGCAAAAAAAGUGAUAUCAUCUGCAUACAUGCGUUUCAGGCCGCAAGUCAUUAAUGAUCAGAGACCUAGCCACUACACCACCAGGGAGCUUAGCUGGCACAAAUGUGCACCACCAUCCAUUUUAAUUGCUUUUACCAUGCUAAUGUGUACGUGAUAUGGCCAAAGUAUAACCAGAGCAGGUUGACAAUCUGUCAUUUGUGAGCCACUAGAGUCCGUGUAAAGUUUACUAUAAAAAAGCAUAAAAUGAUUUAAAUAAAUAUAUCAUCCAAUGUAGCAUAUGUAGCUAAGUACUUUAAGUUACUACAAACCACUUGAACAGCAAACAAGUCAGAGGUGGAAUAGAACUUUAGUCUUUAGUCAAUCCCGCGUUACUUAAAAUCACUUUUUUUGAAUAAUUGACAACAUCUUACAAAGAACUUACAGAAAAGACUAUGAAAAAAGGCACCAUGAGAUGAAGGGUUUAUUGUACAAUGUGUGUUAAUAGCAUUGAAACUGUGAAUGAUAGUUGACCUAAUAGAGGGAUAUUAUUGGAUCUGCACAAGCUGUGCAAGAUUGUCCUGUUCACACUAAUCAGGACACUACAUGAUUAUUGUCUUUGUUAUAUCACUUCUCUGCCGUGGAGAAAAAAAGAAUCAAAUUAAACUGUCUCAUAAGAGGGACUCAUCCAUAGACAGGUCUAUUCCAUUAGGGUUGAUUCUUCAUAGAGCGUCACAGAGACAGACAGUUUUAUUGAUUACUGAAGUUCAAAUCUUCCCUUAUUACUGCCAUUUGGAGCCACAUUACUGCAAUGUUGCUGAGUGUGGCUUUAAGCUGUGUGCCAUCUCACAUUUUGUAGCCAGUCCACUGCAUGAAUUAGGCUAGAUUAAGUAUUUAUUAACACGUAUAUGCAUGUGAACAUGAAUGUUAUCUUAGGGCAUUCUAGCCUCUGAGUAGUAUCUAGUAUUAGUACCUUACAUGUGGCUAGUUAUAUAGAGCCAUGGAUGUGACCGCCAUCAUCAGUCUGUAACUGUAGUGCAUGGACCCGGUUCUGGGCAUACUGGGCUCUCCAACAUGACAAUCACACUCUGACCAAACCAGACCAAGAUGGCCCGACUAGCUCUCUUUGCAAGUCACCACCAAAGAACUUGCAGCACCUUACCUUACAGCGCCUAGCCUCUAUCUGUGGAUAUACCAAAGCUACCCACCCCCCCAUACACACACACACACACACACACACACACACACACAAAAGUAUCCACAACCACAAACAAAUUUUCAUCUUCUCAAAUGAAACCUGCGUAGGCUGUAAGGGAACUAAGCCAAAGGAAAGACAUUAAUACACAAAAUUCACACACAAGAAGGAAUCCAUUGCUAUGUCAACCUGUUCUCACUCCCGACUUGGUCUGUGGCCAUUAGCGUCAGAGGCACCCUUUAGUGUCUGAAUAGGGUGUAGCAGUGCUGUGAAAGGAUGUAGUAUGAAGAGGAACAAGUGUAGUAUGAAAGACCUAAAAUCCGCUAGGGAGGUUGGUUGGAAAGUGAAUGGGUCGUACAACACAGGACUUUCACCCAGGAGACUGGAUUUCAUGUCUCGUUCUCAUCCCGCGUUUCAAUGAAAUGUACUUUUUGUAAACCCACCCACGACCUUUUCCAAAAACCUAACUGUCCCGUAACGGUGCCGCAUGUAAAUUAAUAGAACCUCCCAACUCAGAGCGUCAAAAAGUGACGCCAAUAGUACCGACCAAGCGUGUCUAAAUAAGAUACUUCUGCAUCAAUAACAAACGCCAAAGACACCUGACCAAGCAUCGCUUUUUGACGCAGUGGGAGUGAGAAUGUGUUGGUCACUCAAACCACGAUCUUUCCCUACCACUCACUGAAAUAUUAUACCAAAGGGUUCCUGUCCCAAGAAUGUCAAAAAGUGGUCCAUCAAGGGGUCCUGACUAAGCAACAGUAUUUGACAAAGUGCGAGUGGGAAUGUGUUAGCUGUGUGGUCAGUGUGUGUUUUGAUGUAAUUUGUAACCAUAAUAGCCAUAAUAUUAACUGUAAUCACCAGUAGAGUACACAUAUAUAUAAGUAUCUUUUAGCAUAGUGAAGCUGUGUGCUGUUGUCUGCUGUAAUACUGGAACACCUUGUCAGUAGUCAUCAGAGAUGGGGUCCCCUGGUUUUUUGGCUUAGUAAUGUACAGUAUUUGUGUAACAUAAGCACCUUCUUCUGUUUCCACUGUCACAAAAAACCUUUGGUCUCCAGUCAGAAGGGGCCGUAGCUUCCAAUCGCUGAGGUGUGCACUUUCCUGAGGUGGCCUGUAAGGGGUGGGGCUUUUUUGGAGCCAUUUGGGCGCCAAGUUUGGAAUGUAGGGCAACCCCCAGCCAACUUAAAAAAAAUAUACCCCCAUCCCCCUAAAAAAUCACAAGGUGCCCCGGCUCUCACAGGCAAACCCAGUUGCAACCUAAAGGGCUAUCAGCUGAAGUCACUUUUUAAAAUGUUGGUAGUGUUAGUACUGUUUUUGAGCACCAGGGGGCCCUAGUGAUCAGCAGAUGGAUUUUUUUUUCAAGCAAAGAAGAAGAUAAGGGAUUAUUACCAAAACAGAUGAGAGAGAUUCUGACCUGUAAAAUAGUGAAUGACUGAAUGAAUAAAUAUUACAGGAAAAAGAAUGUGAUUUUAAUGAAGCUGGAGGAAUUAUUAUGAAAUUGUUUGAACGAUACAACAAAUGUAAUGGUUUUGAAACAAAAAGAAGAGGAGAGAUUAUUAGAAGAUAUUAGACAGUCAGAUCAAACACAUCAGUAACUCCUCGGUUGGAUUUCAUGAACACAGAAGUUUGCGUGUAGCGGAGUAUAAGAUCAUCUUUUAGUGUUUUCCCUCUGCACUAAGCUAUUUUCUGCCACCUAAACUUUGAUUUCCUCCUACACGACUUCUACCCAAACUGCCCAUUGGGGCUCCUGAAUGUAUUUUGUCCUUUUUUGAAGUGAUGUACAGUAUUGUCAACCUACGCCUCUCAUACGGUUUGCACUUCUAUCCCUGCUCCACAUCUUUAACAUGUAACCCUGUACAUGAAAACCCAGUUCCUCCCUGCUCCCUCGAGGUCUAUAAAUAGUGAAGUUCAGUAGUGAUUUAUGAAAUCGACAGCUCCUGUAAGCUGGCACUCGAUCAGUUAAAGUAGACCUUGUUCCUCCUUGCACUUGUAGAUACUUUUUAUUUAUAGAGAAACGAACACUCUAACACUACGGUAUUGUGAAGAAAAUUUCAACAUAUUUCUGUUCCUCUUUCCUUCUCUUUUUUAUAGGCAACAAUAGGGUGUAACCUCAUCUUGGUAUGAUGAUAUUGGUUCUUGUGUACUUCUACUUUUCUUCUUCCUAUACUGCCAUUAUGAAUGAUUUGUAUUGAGCAAUAACUUCUUUUUUUCUCCUUUGGUUGUUUCGUGUUGUGGGAGUCUUCCCUAUAUGAGCUUGUUUCCAUCCACAACAGUAGAAAGACUCUUACCUAAUUUGCUGUCAUUCCGAUGUGUAAUGUAAAGUUUCAAUAUAUAAAAAGUAAGCUGUUUCUCUCCAUGUGCUGAUCAAGUAACAAGUUAGAAAUAAAGACUUUAUGUCAGACA